CAACAUCCUGAUAUCCGCUCUUGGGACUGAUUGUGUUGGAUAAAUUCUGGUCAAGAAUUAGGAUCCUGGUCCCGCCCUUUGCGUGGGCCAUCUAACAAUCAACUAUGCUAACGUGUAUUACAAUCAACCACAUUGUCAUUUGCUAAAUGACAACCGACCUUUACCCAAAAUCCUCUUCCUUUCUCAUCCACGUUAUAUGACAAUGGCUUCCCUCCUAAAUUGGGCUAAACCAGUGAUUCGGAGGACUCCCUGGCCUCGUUUGCUCUUCCCGACCAGCGGAUUUAAAACAAUCAAUGCAUCCGAGAUUGUCGAAGAAGAAGUGUUCGAAGAGUUCAAGAAGGGACACUACUACCCUGUCAGCAUCGGCGAUGUCUUUGACUCCAAAUACCAGGUAGUUGGCAAACUUGGAUUCGGAAUUACUUCCACGAUAUGGCUCGCUCGCGAUCUUGCGCGUCAUCAAUAUGUCACAUUGAAAGCAUAUACACGCAACGAAUCUAGCCAGGAUGAAGAAUUUCAAAUCUAUCAGCAAAUGCACCGGGGGAAUCCGUCACAUCCUGGCCAUGCUCACGUGCGAACAGCACUCGAUACAUUCACCAUUCCUCGCCCUGGAGGUGGCUGCCACCAGUGUCUUGUCCAGAGGCCCAUGUGGGAGAGUUUCAGAGACUUGCUGUUUCGCAAUCCGAAACAUCGAUUUACCGAGGAUCUUCUCAAGGCUGGUCUGAUCCAAGUUUUCCUUGCGCUUGAGUACCUACACACGGAAUGCAAGCUUGUUCAUACUGACAUUAAGAGUGACAACAUCCUUCAAGAAAUAGAAGACACCUCGAUCCUUGAUGCCUUUACCCAAGCCGAAAUGGAGCACCCUUCUCCGCGAAAAUCUGUCAAUGGUAUACCAGUUUAUGCUUCGCGGCGGUUUGGUUUGCCAAGGACAUUUGGCAAGGCCGUCCUCAGUGAUUUCGGCUCAGCUGUCCGAGGCGAUGAGAAAAGAAAUCAUGAUGCGCAGCCCAAUGUUUACAGAUCACCGGAAGUCAUGUUGAAAACUGAAUGGAGUUAUCCAGUCGACAUUUGGAACGUCGGCGUCAUGAUAUGGGAUUUAUUCGAGGGCAGACACAUGUUCUACGGCAACGAUCCUGAUGGGAAAGGCUAUUCCACCCGCGCCCAUCUUGCUGAAGUCAUUGGCCUUCUGGGGCCGCCUCCUUUAGACUUGCUCAAGCGCGGAAAAAGAAGUCCUGAGUUUUUCACUGAAGAUGGGCAAUGGAAAGCCGACAUAGAGAUACCAGAAGGAAUGUCACUAGAAAAACUAGAAACUUUUCUCCAAGGACGCAAUAAAGAAAUGUUCUUGGACUUUAUGAGAGGGAUGCUUCAAUGGCGACCUGAAGAUAGGAAGACGGCGAGGGAACUACUACAGGAUCCGUGGCUGGAUAGCGGGUAGCCCGUCCAGCGAGCACGAGCCCUCUUGAUUAUUUAAUGUUUACCUUGUCAUUCAACUCGUAUU